AUGUCACCUAUUAUAGACCUGCCGCGACUGUCGGUAGGAAACUUAUUUGAUUUGCCUGCUCGGUCGUUUCUGUCACCGACUCCUAGUGAUACUUCAUCUCAUUCUUCCCUUACCAGUCCUCUUAGAAAGCAGAGAUUUGAUGAUAGAUCCCAGACUAAGAUCAGUAUAGCCCUCAAAUCACAUCAGAUAAACACUUCACAUCAUGUAAAAGACUCUGUGGAUGUUCAUCGACAUUUGAAGGAGCUGGAUAUAAACGAAAUCUUGAAAUGGUCCGAAACUUCUACAAUCACUGGAAUCAUUAACUCGAGUGAUUUCAUAGCCAGUCAUGGCUCAGUAAACUAUACUGAGCCUUCAUCCAUAUACAUAGCAUUAGGAACCAACAAGGGACGAAUUGUGGUAUUCAAUUAUCAUCAAGGAGUUGAGUUCAUUCUCGAGUCUCAGGAACAAUCAGAUCAUCAUCAGCAGAAUUCAGAAAUUUCAACUAUUGCCUUUUCGUCUGAUUCCAUAUUUUUAGCUGCUGGAUAUACCAGUGGUCAUAUUCGACUUUGGGACUUGUCUUCCAAGCUGUCAAGCGCCUUUCCCGGAACUAUAAGUCCGUACUUCACCAUCAACCCUAUCACGUUGCAGGAUAGAUUCACCAAGAACCACCUGGGUCAUUUGCGGAAUACCCCUAUCAACCAAAUAUCAUUCAUUGCCGAUCUGCAUAUUCAGUUAAUCUCUGUAGAUAUAUCAGGAUUGGUGUUCUAUCAUAAUGGUAUCAAAAAGUUUCUUCAGAAGUACUUCAUCUCUCAGAAGAUCUUGGGAAAGAACGAUGCCAACAUCACCGAUAGCAAAUACUUCAUCUACGGCUGCUCUUUACUUCCUUUAGGCUCUUCUCAUCAAAUCACUGAUCAGCUAGGAGUAAUGGCUGUGAUAACUAGUAAUGUCUUGAUUAUCGUAUCAGCUCUCUCAUUGAACAACUCUCACACUAUGCAUACAGUCGAACAUUUCAAAGUUGGAAAGUCAAAACAGGUUAUGAGUUCUACACAAAUUAUGGCUUGUUUGGAUUGGUUUCCAUGUAUGGAAGUCAAUAACAAAACUAUCAAUGCAAAAUUGGCAUAUUCAUGGAAUAACGUACUUAACAUCUUGGAGGUGGAUAACAGCUCCUUUCCUUCCAAUCUCUUGUCUGUGGUAUCUGACUUGAAAGACAAAGAUAAGGGGAUUCCCAAGUUACCCAUUAAGAAAGUCAGUCGCUGGAAUACUACAAAUAAGCACGAUUCCAUUGUUUCUGUGAAAUGGAUUUCUUCCGACAUCCUUUGUGUCUUCAUUAAAGAAGGCAGCCAGCCCCAUGGUUCACUCAAGGUUACAGCGCUCUACCUCUCUAACGGUAUUCUCAAACGAAAUUCCAUAAAGGUAUUCAAACAUAGGCUACUUGCGCUUACUGACUCUGACAAUAUCCGAAAGCUAUAUAUAGGGCGACUGCUCAGUUGGGCAGAUGUUCUUCUUGGAUUGCUAUCGAGCGGUAAGUAUGCUGAAGCAUUGUCCACGGCCAAUGAAUUCUACAAUUCAGCAAAUACCGGUAAAUUGGUUUUGGUCGGACUUCCAGAAGACCCUUCUGCUCGAUUCAAGCUUGUCAGACCUUACUUGAUUCAAAUUAUGAAAGAGUCUGUACCACACCUCUUUUCAUAUGGAUACGAGAAUCUGCACUAUUUUUUGACAACCUAUUUCAGUAUCAUUUCCAAUUUGACACGCGAGGAUAGCAAAGAAGAUCUUCUGUAUUUGUUAGAGAUGAUAUUUGAAAAAUUAGAUGAGAAGUCUAUUUUCUUUGAUGUUCUUGAGAGCUACACUCUAUCAGGUAGCAUUUCGUCUUUACCACCUCUCAUUCUAAAACAACUUGUAGAACACUAUGUCAAGACUGAAAGAGGUGAGUUGCUUACUGAGAUUCUUUGUAUUCUUGAUAUCAAGACAUUAGACAUCGACUUAACAAUACAAUUGUGCAAUCAGUACAAUCUUCGCGAUUGCUUGAUCUACAUAUGGAACUACUUAUUGGACGACUACGAGACUCCUUUGGUAGAUUUUAUUAAAGAUUUCAGAAAUCCUGAGUUCUUAUUGAAGGAAGAUUACCUAAGAGCAUAUAGCUACAUGUCUUUCGUACUCACCGGCAGACAAUAUCCCACAGAUAGAUUCAUCGAUGGUCUCAAGGAUAUUCCUAUAAAGGAAAGCAUUUGUAAUAUACUUUUCAGCAGUACAACUGUCACUUGGCCUGCCCACAAUGGCGAGGAAUUACAUGCCGAUAAUGAAGAUACCAUAUUUCCUUACCUCUUUUCUUUCUUGAAAGCUAAUUCGUUCGAAAUGCUUUCAACUCUUAAUGAGUUCUUUGAGGAGCCGUAUUUGAAUGAUAUCGAAACAAAGAAGUUAAAUCGUCAGUAUAUCACCGAUGCUCUUCUCGAUAUUUUCGAAGCAAAUGAACAUUUAUUCACUGAUGAAGAUAGAUGUCAAUUAGCUAUAUUCAUAGGUCGCAACUAUGCUAAGUACUCACAGUUCAUUCGGUUAUCCGAAUCUGUUCUUGGAAGGAUAAUCAAUGACCUUUGUGGCAAUACCAACGUUGCAAUUCUGAGUGAUUGUGAAUUGGCAUUGCAGAGUCUUCUUCCAUACUAUGAGCCUGAGAAUGAUGAUUUGUUAUAUGAGAAGUUGACUGCAGCCAAAUAUUAUAGUGUGUUGAUCAACAUUUACAAGUCUGAAGGUAGAUAUUCUAAAGUAUUGGAGAUGUGGUUAAGCAAGUUGAUGAAUGACCCUAGUGGUGAGUUUCAGAAUGAGUCUCUCAGUCAGGUUUUGGAGAAUUCUUUCAUGUUGACAAAGAAGCCUGUUGAUCGAUUGAGUUUGAUUAAUGUCAUCAUAGUAAAUUUUGAACGAUUUACUGCUAUUGAUUUGGACAAUUUCUUAGUUUUGAUUUCACGAUUUUCCCCGCAAUUACACCACGAAGCUCUCAACAUUAAGGAUAAUGUCUUGAUGUUUAAGUAUUUGGACGAAUUGUUUCAUCAGAGCAAGUCUCUGUUGUCGGAUGAUCCACAUUUGCCCAACUUGAUCUCAAAGAAUAUCGAAUUGCACUGCAUUUAUGAUAAGACUACUAUUUUCAAGUUUGUUGAGACUUGGAAAGAAGAGUUGGUUAGAGAUCAAGAUCAAUUUGCCAGAACCAUUCAGAUACUAAAGGACAACCAGCAGGUUGAUAGUGUUGCCGAGCUUGUGGUUUUUCAGGGACAUUACUAUGAAGCAUUGAAGUACAUCUUGACAUUCAUUAACAGCAUAUCUGCAUCAUUAGAUGACGAAGGGCUCAAGUCUACAUUUACCAAGCUAUUGCAUCAAUCAAUGAAGAUUUGUGAACUAGCCGAAACUUACGAAGAGUAUGAUGGAGACUUAAUUUUGAAUGAAAAGAUGUGGUUGGACCUUAUUGGAAAUGUUGUGAAUAUGGCUAGCAUCAUGCAACAUAACGCAGAGGUACAUACUUUUCUCAAUGGCUGCAUUCAUGACUGUUUCAGAGCCAUAAGUGAUGCCAAACUUAAUACUAAUAAGGAACAGUCGUUUCUUACAAUCUUCAACAAGUUUCUCGAGAGUUCCUCAGACAAUUCUACUUUGGCCAAUGUCAGAGGUAUAUUACAAGAGAACUUUGUUUCGUACUCUUACGAGAGCGAAAUGCUCCGUAUUUCAUUGUCGAUGCUUAACCAGGGAAUAUACAAGGAACUCAAACAGAUCAAAAUGGAUAACUUGAGUGGUUGGGCUAUACAACAAAAGCUUUGUGCAUCUUGCGGCAAAAUCAUGUGGGGGCCAGAUGUAUCUCAAGAUAAUUACUCGGCAUGGGAAGACAGACAAUCUGCUGCACUCUACAUCAUGGGCUCGAGCCUAGGCACCAAGUUCGACAAUGACAAAUACCACCAUUGUCAAUUGAUUUUCUUCAAGUGUAGCCAUGGUUUCCAUUCGAGUUGUCUAGAGAGCUUGGGCGUCAGCGUUGCCUGCGUUAUCUGUUCGUCAUAAGCACAUCUACAAUACAUAAAACGUGGGAUAAGGUUCAAUUGGCUGCAAUACGGCAGAAAAGAAAUGAGAGAAACGGAAGUAUGUAAUUGCGCAAUAAUUGUAGAUUAUAAAUAAACCAGAAAUUUAGUAUGGUAGCUCAGCUAUCAAG